AUGGACUGGGGGAGCAUCAUAGACUGGGGGAGCAUCAUAGACUGGGGGAGCAUCAUAGACUGGGGGAGCAUCAUAGACUGGGGGAGCAUCAUAGCCUGGGGGAGCAUCAUAGCCUGGGGGAGCAUCAUAGACUGGGGGAGCAUCAUAGACUGGGGGUGCAUCAUAGACUGGGGGAGCAUCAUAGACUGGGGGAGCAUCAUAGACUGGGGGAGCAUCAUAGACUGGGGGAGCAUCAUAGACUGGGGGAGCAUCAUAGACUGGGGGUGCAUCAUAGACUGGGGGUGCAUCAUAGACUGGGGGAGCAUCAUAGACUGGGGGUGCAUCAUAGACUGGGGGAGCAUCAUAUAG